AUGCGAGUCUUAGCCGGCUCCAUAAACAGAGCUGGGGCGCUGUUCGCUUUGCCAAUAACGAGUUACUUCUCGGAUCGCUUCGGCCGGCGGCUGGCGCUGGCGGUCAGCACGUUUAACUUCGCGCUCUUCGGUACCGUCCGAGCUUUCUCGACGAACUACAAGACGUAUCUGGCGUUCCAGUUCCUGCAGACCGCCCUAGGUGCCGGCCUCUAUAGCUCUGCCUACAUUUUUGCUGCGGAACUUGUCGGGCCGAAGUAUCGAGUGCUGACCGGUGCAAUAUGUCACUCGACGUACGCUGUAGGCGCGAUGCUCUUGGGAGCAGUGGCCGCGGUGAUCCAGUCAUGGAGAUACAUGAUACUGAUUCUGCACAUUCCCUGCUUCGUCGUCGCUUCCUACUAUUGGGUUCUUGACGAGAGUGUGCGCUGGCUUUUGUCAAAGCAAAAGUACGCGCAAACAAUAACCAUUCUGGAAACUGUAGCGAAAACUAACAACACAAAAACUGGUCCGGGCUUACUCGCAACUAUAUUCCGAUCACGUGUUCUAUUGCGUCGCGUCUGCACAACCCCCUUCUGGUGGAUUGCCUCCAUAUUUGUCUACCACGGCUUCUCGAUCAACUCGAUCACGCUGUCUGAUGCCAUGUACCUGAACUAUAUACUCACCUGCGGCGUCGAGAUCCCGGGCAACUUCGCCGCGAUAUUCACCUUAGACCGGAUCGGUAGAAAGCCAACUUUGUCUGGAGGCUUCCUCCUAUGUGCGGCUUGUAAUGUUAUUUUAAUAUUCUUACCAAACGGUUACAAAAUUUGGAGAUUAAUAUUAUACCUGAUGGGGAAAUUUGGCAUCUCAGUGGUGGUGACGGCACUGUACGUGUACACAUCGGAACUUUAUCCCACUGAAUAUCGCCACAGCCUGCUAGGUUUCUCCUCAAUGAUCGGGAGGAUCGGCUCGAUCAGCGCACCUCUCACUCCGGCCCUAAUGCUCUAUUGGAACGGUAUGCCGACUUUGUUGUUCGGUGGCAUGGGUCUAUUUGCUGGUCUCCUAGUCUUCACGCAGCCGGAGACACUGGGUACUAGAAUGCCCGAUACCCUGGCUGAGGCGGAGGCACUUGGCAAGAUGAAUGCCCGGAAU